UCUUGAUUCCUCCCAGUGGAGAUCCACUAGCGGUGUGUUGUUGCCUUGGGUGAACGUCCAACUUUUAUUUAUCCGUUGUAAUUGAAGGAGUGGGGUUUGUUUCUUUGGAUCGUGGUCCUCAAUUUCUUCAUCUCUGUAUCAGAUUCAUAGACUGGUCGGGAUUUCUCUCUGAAACAAACAAACCUCUUUAUUUCCUUUUUUGCAUCGACCCCAGUACUACUACUCCAUAUCGCACGGACUAUCGUGUUCUAGUCAUAUCAAUAGUUCCAUUGCAUAGUACAUACAUAUCCACCUACCUCCCUUCGUUCUCCUUUUCCACGGCACCCGUUACAUAUUUGACGCUGCUCAUCCCUGGUUGUUUAUCGUUAUCAUAUCAUCACAUAUCCCGCCGCUGUCAAUAUGCUAGGGUUUGGCCUCUUAGCGUUGCUUCCUUUUGCUGCUGCCGGAACGGUGCUCCCGCGGCAAACAGCAUGCAAUAACUCGCCCGAUUUAUGCUCGAAAUCUUACGGCGAGAUCACUCAUCUGGGUGCACAUGACAGUCCUUUUGUACGAGAUGCUUCCACUGGCUAUUCGACGUCUGGGAAUCAGUAUUUCAAUACUACGGUGCAGCUCGACGCUGGCGUUCGCUUGAUCUCGGCGCAGGUCCAUAAGAAAGAUAGUGAAUGGCAUCUAUGCCAUUCUAGUUGUGAGUUGCUGGACGCAGGAAAGCUGAGCACAUGGUUGUCCGAGAUCAAGAGCUGGUUGGAUUCCAACAAGAAUGACGUGGUUACGUUGUUACUGGUUAACUCCGACGACGCUUCUGCCUCCGAUCUCCAUUCGCAAUUCCAAACUGCCAACCUCGUCGACUACGCAUAUACACCCACCUCCCAGACUUCCGCGCCGAGCUCGUGGCCAACGUUAGAAAGUCUCAUCAACAAUGGAACUCGGUUAAUGACAUUUGUGGCAUCUUUGGAUGCAUCCAAGAAUACGGUGGCCCCGUACCUCAUGGACGAGUUCACCUUCAUCUGGGAGAAUCCUUACGACGUAACGAGCCCCUCCAACUUCUCUUGCAACCCCGACCGUCCAUCUAGCCUCCAGAACGACCUGUCGUCUGCGCUCUCGUCGAAUCGUUUGCCGUUCAUGAACCACUUCCUCUACCAGACAGUUCUCACCCUGGAGUAUCCCAACUCCAGCUACGUGUCGACCACUAACGCGCCGUCCGGCGGAACCGGCAACCUGGGCGAUGCAGCCACCAAGUGCAAGGAAGCCUACAACCGCCAACCAGCCUUUAUCCUGGUUGAUUUCUUCGACAAGGGCCCCGCCAUCAAGACCGUCGACAGCCUGAAUGGCGUCACCAAUGCUGUGGGCCGCACCAACCUAACGGCCGCCACCCAGACCAGCGGCGCCUCCACCUACUCCAACGUCUUCAAGGGACUGGUUGAACUGGUGCAGAGCGCGAAACUGGGCUCCAAUCCUAGUAUGGGCGAAUGGGUCUGGGUGGGAGGCGAUUGGGGCAGCCUCCUCGGCGGCGGCAUCACGCUCUAAGCGGAAGAGAUCCUUCCGACAUCCCGUCCAUCUCGUUUCUUCAUUCUCCCCAUAUUCACCAUGUUAAUGUUGUUUUAAUUGGCGACGCACGAGCUUGAAAUCAGCGCUGUUGCUUUUCGAGGCUGGAAUAUUUACGGAUUAGCCUCGCUGUCGAUAUUAUUGGAAAGUCACAUGUACACGGAGACACAGGAAAUCGGCGUUUUGGGUAAAGCCAUGACUUGACUUUUGAAUAUAGAUGAGCCUUCUUUUAUGUUUGUCCAUAUGUACCAACCACAUUCAUACCAUAUCAUGCCAUGUACGUAGCAACCGUCAGAUAUUACCUAGAAAUGGAACAUACCCGAACAAACCUUCACCUCCCAAUGAUGGCAACUAGGUAAUACACCUGAGAAAGAAAGAAUCGCAAAACCACUUACUCCUUCCCCAACAACUCCCGUACCUUAUUUACUUUAUCCUCAAACGACUGCUCCUUAUCGGUCCUGUACCACCCGAGAUCAGCCCUCGUCACCACAAACAACGCACGAUAUUCCAAAAAGGGGUGGAAGGCGCACACAGCACCCCAACCCCCAACAAAUCAAACCCCAAAGACCAGAGGAUUAAAAAAAAAAAAAAAAAAAAA